CUGCCUAUGAGCAGAACCAGGACUUCAAUGAUACAAACAGCAAUUGCCGAAUCUUCCUUCUUUCUACUAGGGCUGGUGGAUUGGGAAUUAACCUCACUGCAGCUGACACUUGCAUUCUUUAUGACAGUGAUUGGAAUCCUCAAAUGGAUUUACAGGCCAUGGAUAGAUGUCAUAGAAUCGGUCAAACAAAGCAUGUUCAUGUUUACAGGCUCGCAACUGCUCAAUCAGUAGAGGGUCGAAUGUUAAAAAGAGCUUUCAGCAAGUUGAAGCUUGAGCAUGUGGUGAUAGAGAAAGGACAGUUUCAUCAAGAGCGUACAAAGCCUGCCAUUGUGGAUGAGAUGGAGGUUUGUAUGGUAGCAGUAGCAUGCUAACGAUUUCUAAAUUUUUCUGUUCUAUCAUCUUGUGUAUAAAUAGAUUUGUUGUCAAUCUGCUCCAUUAUUCCAAUGAUUUUGAAAGUGUGGUUUUGGUUGACAACUCAGUAUUUCUAUGGCCAAUUUUA